AUGGCCACCAGCUUCAGACUUCCUCCCGCUACCCGCCCGCUGCUGCGAGGGCAGCUCGCGUCCCGGCCGGCGAACGGACACGUCGCCUUCAUUCCCCAAGUGCGGAAGGUCGUCUUCGAGUUCUGCGACAAAUGGCCAUCAUCCGGCAAUACGCGGACAUACGUCCACAACCACCUCGAGGAGCUUGCUCGUUCAAAUCCGCACGUCGAAUUCGUCGUGAAGCAGCGGACGCAGAGGGAGCCUAUCAUUCGAGGAUUCUACAUCAACGACCGAGACAAGGUCAUUCCAUUGAAGGGCUUUGAGGUCACCGGUAUCCAGCAAAAAGUGAAACUCCUACUCGACUCAUCAGGCGCGAAGAUCAAGCCCCUCAAGAGACGUACUGUCGAGAGUACGACGGAGGCAGCGAGGGGCAUCUGGAGCGGUCUACAUGGCGAACCGUUCAAGAUAUAA